AUAUUCCUUUAGAAUCAUUAACUGUACAUUUAACUGUUUACAAACAGUAUUGCGUAACAUGGUAACCACCGACGUUUGUGUUUAGUUUGACGUUUUAUGUAAAGAAAUGUUUUUAUAGUAAAAAAAAACUAUUUUAUACUUAAAUAUACUGAAUUCAUUAAGACUUUUUUACACUCAUAAUGAAUCGUGAUUCGUCUGUUAACCGUGUUACUCACGGAUCCUAUGUACAAUUGAACACUUUUGAUGAAAAGGAAAGUGAAUUAGCGCAAAAUCAUACGGCUUCUGCAGCUACAUUUCCAUAUCAACGGUGCAUAUGCUCUAGGCGUGACACCAUCCUGGUGGGUGUUGUGUUGACGUUGGCAUUUGUGUUGAUCACCACAUCAUUAGUUCUGGGUCUUCCACAAAUAGAGGUGAACAGAGAACGUUACUUAGACACAUCAUUCCAAGCCUCAUCAUCCCCCCUCCUAACUUAUCAAUCGGCUGCCCUCCUCACAGAUGGACAACCCUGUGCUCCUAUCGGAAAGAAUGUUCUUCAGAACGGAGGAAGUGCGGUGGAUGCAGCUAUUUCAAUGUUGUUCUGUGGGUGUGUGGUCAAUCCUCAAAGUAUGGGGCUUGGGGGAGGAUUCCUCAUGGUCAUCUACAACAAAGAAACUAAAACUUCCACUGUAAUUGAUGCAAGAGAAACUGCUCCAUCUCAAUCUCACAAAGACAUGUUUUUGGGGAACAAAACAUUGUCCCAGGAAGGUGGACUAUCUAUAGCCAUUCCAGGUGAAUUAAGAGGCUAUAAGUUGGCCCACGAUAAAUAUGGAAAACUUCCCUGGAAAACGUUGGUUGAACCAUCUGUAAAACUCAGCAAGGAAGGUUUUCCUGUCUCAAAUCACUUGGCCAGAAAACUACAAUUUUUAAAGAAUCGUAUCUUAUCUGACGCAUCCAUGAGAGGAGAAUUUUAUAACAAUGAAACAAAUGACUUGUACAAAGAAAAUGAAAUCUUGAAAAGGGCAAAAUUUGCUGAGACCCUCCAGAAAAUUGCAGAUCAAGGUGCAGAGGUGUUAUAUACUGGAGAGCUACAAAAGCAAUUUCUACAAGAUAUCGCUGAUUGCGGUGGUAUAAUAACUGAAAGCGACCUCCUCAAUUACAAACCACUUAUGAAGCCCACCAUUGAAAUGCCUCUCUUGGACUCUGAUGGUUUGAAGCUUUAUACGGUCCCUCCACCUGGCAGUGGGCUCAUUCUCACACUCAUCCUAAAUAUUCUGAGCCACUACAAUAUGUCUGCAAAGGAUUUCGAGUCUAGAGACAAUGCUGUACUUCAGUAUCAUCGAAUGGUCGAAGCUUUCAAAUUUGGAUUCGCCCAUCGGACUCAGCUGGGUGACGAUUCAUUUGCUAACAUCUCCCAAGUUCUGUCACAUUUAAAAUCUCCGAGUUAUGCUAAAUCCAUAUUUGAACAAAUAUCGGACGACACGACGUUUCCGCCUGCCCAUUAUAAGCCAGAAAUGGAGAUGGUUGCUGACGAAGGAACUGCACACGUGUCUGUUCUUGCACCAAAUGGGGAUGCCGUAUCUGUAACAAGUACUGUCAAUACUUAUUUUGGCAGCCUCUGUAGAUCUCCAUCUACCGGUAUCAUUCUGAACAAUGGAAUGGAUGAUUUCUCUUCACCCAACAUCGUGAGUUAUUAUGGGGUUCCACCCUCCCCUGCAAAUGACAUAUCACCUGGAAAGAGACCCCUUUCCUCCAUGUGCCCCACCAUCAUUGUGGACAAGGAGGGGGAGGUGAAGAUGGUCGUCGGAGCUGCUGGAGGAACCAGAAUCAUCACUGCAUCGGCUCAGGGUGUAAUACGAACACUGUGGCUAUCUGAGGAUAUCAAAAUGGCAACAGAUGCACCUCGUUUGCACCAUCAAUUAUUCCCGAAUGCAGUUCAGUAUGAAUCUGGAUUUCCAGAGAUCUAUCGAGACAAGCUAAAAGAGUAUGGGCAUGAAGUAUUGGAAGAUACAAAGGACAGUGAAUUCUUUGGGAUUGUGAAACAAGAUGGAAAAAUCAAAACAAACUUAGAUUUCAGAAAAGGGGGCUCAGCUGAAGGGUUUUAAUAUUUAUAAAAAGAACCCUGUGUCUUGUUUUAAAGAUCUUAUCUUUUACUGGAUUAUCAGUAUUUAUUACUUAAAAUAUCUUUUUUUUUGUAUGUGUUUACUUCAUGUUCUUAAAAAUGUGUGUACUGCCCCCCGCCUGAAAAUAAAGAAUUGUGAUAAUUUUUA